AACCAACGACCCCGAUCUUCAAAAUCAUGAAUUUAAGCUUCAUUUAAGCUCAAUUUUUUCUACGUCAUUCCCCGAUUUUAAACAAGACGCCUCACACCUCGUACACAAACCCACAAACACACGCACCCGUUUUCAAGAACACCUCAGAGAGCAUAUUAAGAGAUGGCAGAAGCAGAUGAUAUUCAGCCUCUUGUAUGUGACAAUGGAACAGGAAUGGUCAAGGCUGGAUUUGCUGGAGAUGAUGCUCCGAGGGCUGUCUUCCCCAGUAUUGUGGGGCGCCCACGUCACACUGGUGUCAUGGUAGGCAUGGGCCAAAAAGAUGCCUAUGUUGGUGAUGAGGCUCAAUCCAAGAGAGGUAUUCUGACUCUGAAAUAUCCAAUUGAGCACGGAAUUGUCAGCAAUUGGGAUGACAUGGAGAAAAUUUGGCAUCAUACCUUCUACAAUGAACUUCGNAAAAAAAAAAAAAUUCUUUAUGUGUCAUUAACUUGUCUAAAAUUUAUGAUUGUUAUAUGCAUUUUGAGGAAACAUUGA